AUGACACUGGCGGGCCUGUGGCUGCUGGCCGUUGUGGCCGUUCUCUGGGUCAUUGUGGAGCCCCGAUAUUUGAGGCAGCUAGCAGAGGCCAACGAUUCUGAUGCAGCCGAUCCGCCCUCGCGCCAAAAACGCUACUAUGGAGGUUACGGUGGAUAUGGUGGUUGUGGGUGUGGGACGUGUGCUCCCUGCAAUCAUUCCUGCGGCUAUUAUUACGGCUACGACUGCAAUGGAGGCUGCGGGUCUUGCAAUGGUUCCUGCGGCUCAUAUGGCUACGGUGGCUACGGGGGAUACGGUGGAUAUAGUGGAGGAUAUUAUCAUCAUGGCAAAAACAAUAAUAAUAAUAAUAAUAAUAACAAUAAUAAUAACAAUAAUGGAAAUGGCAAAAACAACAACAAUAAUGGCAAAAAUAACGGCAAUGGGCAUAAUAAUCGCUACCGGUACAACUACGGUGGAUACGGUAGAGGAGGAGGAGGAUAUGGAUAU